CAUCGCAUCACAGUACCAUUCAUCGGUCAAAGACGAAAGAUGACUGUCGUGAGCAUCAUGUGGUCAUUAGUGCAGGUGCAGGUGCUGGUGGCGGUGGCACUAUCAUUUCUAGUAGGCGGUGCCUGGUGUGGUCCUCCCAAGGUUCCCCCAGGAAAGAACAUCACAGCCAACUAUGGUAGUGAUUGGCUAGAUGCCAAGGCAACAUGGUAUGGCAAGCCUACAGGUGCCGGCCCCGACGACAAUGGUGGCGGAUGUGGGUACAAGGACGUGAACAAGGCCCCUUUCAACAGCAUGGGCGCAUGUGGCAACGUCCCCAUCUUCAAGGAUGGUCUGGGUUGUGGAUCCUGCUUCGAGAUCAAGUGCGACAAGCCAGCGGAGUGCUCUGGCAAGCCCGUGGUGGUAUACAUUACAGACAUGAACUAUGAGCCCAUUGCGGCAUACCACUUCGACCUAGCAGGCACGGCGUUCGGUGCCAUGGCCAAGAAGGGCGAGGAGGAGAAGUUGCGCAAGGCAGGCAUCAUCGACAUGCAGUUUCGAAGGGUCAAGUGCAAGUAUGGAUCUAAGGUCACCUUCCAUUUGGAGAAGGGAUGCAACCCCAACUACCUGGCCCUGUUGGUAAAGUACGUUGAUGGAGAUGGUGACAUUGUGGCAGUGGACAUUAAGGAGAAGGGCUCUGACACGUACGAGCCUCUAAAGCACUCCUGGGGUGCCAUCUGGAGGAAGGACAGCGACAAGCCAAUCAAGGGACCCAUCACCGUCCGACUCACCACCGAGGGAGGCACUAAGACUGUCUACGACGACGUCAUACCCACCGACUGGAAGCCCAACACCGCCUACACCACCAAAUAAACUAACCAAAUAAUAAUAUGUAUCAAAUGACAUACUUGAUAGACCUUUAUUUUUAUUUUUUAUUCAAUAAAAGGAUAUAAGGUGCAUGACAACAACACAAACAUUGUAUUAUCUAUGUAUCUCCUAUGCAAUCCCAAUUUUACCAUGAAUACAUUUUAAAAUGAAUACAUAUUUUUAAUGAAUAA